AUGCUGCAGCGCAAGGUCAUCGGUGGUGCUUCCUGGGUUGUGGACGAAGAAGCCGCGGCUGACUUCGGCGACGCGAACGCCGGCAUCGCCCUGUCCCUCGCCCGCGGUCUGGGCAAUCACGAUGCUGUGAUGGCCUUCCUCGCCUGCCGCUGGCCCGCGGCUCAUCACCAUCCCCCCGCCACGGCCACUCGCGGCCAGACCACUCACGUGGCGCUCAUCGCCGACCCACAGCUGACCGACCGGUACUCGUACCGCUUCACCUCCAAAGGCGGGGUGCUGGCCGACGCGAUUCAGUUCUACUCGGAUCUGUACAUGCGACGUAGCUUCUACUUCCUGCAGAGGCACCUGGUUCCCACCCACGUAUUCGUGCUGGGCGACCUGCUUGACUCCACCAAAUGGCUCAAGGACGAGGAGUACGAGGGCGAAGUGGAGCGGUAUCGGCGCGUGUUCAGCCUCGUCGAUCCCGUGACUCGCAUGUACACCAUCUCGGGUAGCGUCACUAACGUUGCGUCUCUCACCGAGCGCUAUGAACGCACGUUUGGACCCAUCAACAACCGCGUGCGGGUGGGCGAGUUCGAAUUCGUGUUGCUCUCCUCGGCCGCGUUGGAGAUGGAGGAGUGGGACCAGCGCUCGUACGACAAGACCAUCGCGUUCCUUCAAGACAUCCGAAACGCCGGUGCGUCGCCGCUGCGUCCGCGCGUACUCCUCACGCACGUCCCGCUGUGGCGCCCGCAGACCGCCUCGUGCGGCCCUCUCCGGAAGAACUCGCCGCAGAUCCCCGACAGCCAGGGCUUCUCCUACAAGUGCCUGGUCGCGCCGCAUCUCUCGCGCCGGAUCAUCGACGACGUGCGGCCCGUGUACGUGUUCAGCGGCGACGACCACGAUCAGUGCGUUGUGCUUCACUCAUCCACCGAGCCCACCCGCUCCUUCUUCGACCGAAGCGACGACGAUGAAGGCCGCCUCGUUCGCGAAUGGAACACUACGUUCCUUACCGACGAGCUCGGUCCGGGCGAGACGACGAUCACCCGUGUGACCCACGCCGUAGAGCGCGGUUCCGGAACGCAGGCCACGGGCCCGAUCAGGGUCGGAACGCGCUGGGCACGACCAGAUGAUCGUCCGCCGCGCGACCAGGGCUCGAAGGACGAGGCGAGCAAGAAGAGCGUGGGUAUUCCCGAGCAGACGGUGGGCACCUUCAGCUUCCUGCAGGGCAACCUCCGCCCCUCGUUCGCCAUGCUCUCGCUCCACUCGAGCGACUGCAACGAGUCCCACCACCACCACGGCAGCGGCGGCCGCGGCCGACUGGGCGGCUCGUGGUGGCGCUGCUUGGCGCUCGAGCUGGUCGUACUGCUCCUCGCGUGCCUCUCCCUCCACCUGUUCUUCGUCAUCCUCUCCUGA